AUGGCCCCCGGGGACCCCCCGCAGGACCCCGGAGACCCCGACCCACCCCGGGACCCCUCGGAUGGGCCCCGAGAACCCCCGAAAAGGGCUCCGGGGAACCCCCCGAACGGCCCUGGGACCCCCGGUGGGGCCUACCCCGCGCGGGACCCCGCGACGGUCCCUCACCGCCCCCGGUCCCGCCCCUGCCGCAUCUCGGCCCCGCCGCGAGCCCCGCGACGGCAGCGACGAGCCCGGGGGGCGAUGGACCCCGGCGCCCCCCCCGCGGAGCCCCGCUGUGCCCUCGGGCCGCGGGGACCCCUCGAGCCCAUCCCGGCCGCGCUCUGCGCCCUCGGGGCGCUCCUGGGCCUCGGCUGCGGCUGCUUCGGCUACCGCUGCUUCAGGGCCGUCAUGUUCCUCUCGGGGCUGUUCUUCGGCUCCGCCGUCAUCUUCCUCCUGUGCCACCGGGAGCGCGUCCUGGGGUCCCCGCUGAGCCUGGAGGCGAGCGCGGGCAUCGCGCUGGGCAUCGGGCUGCUCUGCGGGCUCCUCACGGCGCUGCUGCGCAGCGUGGGGCUCUUCACCUCGGGGCUGCUGCUGGGGCUGCUGGUGGCGGCGGCCGCGCUGGCCGCGCUGGCCCCGGCGGAGCCCCCGGGCAGCCCCUGGGUGGGCGCGGGGGUCGCGCUGGGGCUGGCGCUGCUCGGGGCUCUGUCGGCGCUGCGCUGGCCCCGCGCCCUCACCGUGCUGGGCACGGGCGUGGGGGGCGCGGCCGCCCUGGUGGUCUGCGCCGAUUAUUUCGCCGAGGGCGCGGCGCUGGUGGGGUUCGCGCUGGCCCGGCUGCGGGGGGCGCCGGGGGGGCCGCUCUGCUGGCCCGGGUGGGCGCUGCUCGGAGCGUGGCCCGCGCUCAGCGUCACCGCGGUGCUGCUGCAGUGGAAGGUGACGGCCGGAGGGGCAGCGAGGGGACACGUCCUCAGCCGGCGGCAGAAGCGCCUCCGGCACAAGGAGCCCAAAGCCCCCCCCGGGGGUCCCCCUCGCCGCCAGCCCCCCCCAGCCCAGCGCUGCACGGACACCCCGAGCCCCGGGGACCCCCGAGAUCCCCCGAGCACCACCCGGAGCCUGCGGGACCGGCAGCCGGACAGCGGAACCCCGCCGGGACCCCCCGACGCCGCCAGCCCGCCCCGACACCGCCUCUGA